AUGGCGCACAGGUCCCCCUCCGUGUUCGACGAAACACCCGCCCCCGAGACCCCCGAGAUGGUCGCCAAGACCUCGACGCCUUCGAGCGCGCCGGCCGCUGCGGACGUCAGCGUCUCGUCUGCGAGCGCCACAGCGACUGCUUCGCCCUCGUCCUCCGUCGUCGUCUCGACGCCAGCGCUGACUUCUACCGAAGGUCUGCCGAGCGCGGCGUCGCCCGCCACCGCGAAGGCCUCGUCGGACGUGCUGUCGCCUUCGCCGGUGGUGCUGCAGAGCGGCCAAACGGCGCUGACGUUCCGGAAGAGCUGCCUGAAGCGCUCCAAGUUGUCGGCUUCGACUCGUUGUUCGACAGCGCGUGUGGCUCCGACGGAGGGCGUCGAGGCGCUGGCCGAGCCAAAGCGGCACGAGUCAAAGAGUGCCGCACACGUGGGACAGAAGAACCGCCGACGCUGCUGGGCGUGCAAGGCGAAAGUCGGCUUGGCGGCUGUCACCUGCCGCUGCAGCUUUACGUUUUGCAGCAAACACCGAUACGCGGAGGAGCACGCGUGCGCGUUUAAUUUUAAGACGGCAGCGAAGCGCAAGUUGGUGGAGGAGAACCCGGUGGUGGUGCCGAGCAAAGUGGCGCGGAUCAGUUAA